AUGUAUGUACGUAGCAACGCCGCAUACUUUGCCCUACUACGCCCGCCGUGCCAACUACACACACACACCCACUUUUCCUCACCAGAGCGCGCCAGAGGACUCAUUCUAGCCCCCCACCCAACAGAUGUCUCAGACGCAGAAAAAAGGUGCAAACGGUGCAAUAUCCGCCUGUACUGUAUACUGCACGCCACAUGGCUUACCGGGCGAUAUGAGAAAGCACUCCAAGCGCAUCUUUGUCAUCGCUCCUGCACGUCAGAGUUCGAGACGUAG